UCGGUCUUGGAGGUCGGGGUGACCGCCGCACACUGGUACGGCAGUUGCCAUGUCGCCUGUUUACAUACUCGGUGCUGGACGGCCGCACUCGGGCCGCACCAUGGCUGUCGUGCGCGUGCUCGUCGUGCUCGGACUCCUCCUGCAGGCCGCCGGCGCGCUCACGUCGUUCGAUUGCUCGAAGCCGGGUCCGAGGCUGGCGGCCGUCGGCCUGGUCGACGUGGCGCCCUGCGGCCCCCCCGACGCCACCGUGCCGCCGCCGGCGCUCCGGGAGGUGCAGGUCGUGCAGAUGAGGAACUUCAACAAGAUCAGGGUGCGCACCUGCCACGUGGAACUGGAGAGGCGCUUGUACUACUGCCCCAGCUACACGUUCGGAAACAACCGCAACUUCGGCGAGGUACUCGGCGGGCGCGACACCAACAUCCACUGGCUCACACCCGGCGCCUGCGACGAGAUGCACACCCGGGGCACGGCCAGCAUCUACGGCAACCCCAUCUCGGGCCUCAGGGUCAACGAGGAGGUCAACGACCGGUGGCUGACCAUUCGCGGCAGCUUCCAGAACGACGCGUCCUGUCACGGCAUGUGGUUCGGGUACAACGGCCACAACUACGAGCGCAUCGCGGCGGCCGGCAACGCCCGCAUCGCGCUGCGGACCCUGGAGGCACGCGUGGACCUCAAGGAGGACACCGUCGUCCUGCCCUCGGGGGGCGUGUGCUCGUACCGGGGCGGCAGCUGUCGCGACGUGACGGAGGGGAACGUGCUGUGGGACUACGAGCCCAUGGACGACUGCGGCGAGCACCGGCUGGACGUGCUGUACUCGGGCCCGGCCAACCUGACCGCGGUGGGAGGCAACUCGUCUUACCUGUCGGUGCUGACGGGCACCACCUUGGCGGCCCUGAUGGUCAGGACGGACGACCCCUCCCCGCUGUGCGAGGCGACCGCCUACCCCACCCAGGACCCCCGCGUCCUCGUGCUCCUCCGCGAGGACGGCCAGGGCCCGCUCCCGUUCACGAAGAAGGAAAUGGACCCCGACAAUGUCGACAUGAUGUACCACGUGAACGCCAUGUCGCUGUUCCUGGAGCGGUGGGCGCGCGAGCGGGCCCUCCUCGCCGCGUACGAGCAAUGCGAGUCGGAGCACGCGCGGCUGCGGGAGGCGCUGCUGCUGGCGCGCGUGUCCCCGGGCGCUGCCGCGCGCCUGGUCAUGGGGGGCACGCCGGGCUACACGGGGGUGGUGCGCGGGGACGUGCUGUACGUCGCCCAGUGCGAGGCCCGGGACCUGCCCCUGCGCGUGGCCGGCCGCUGCUACCUGCAGAUCCCCGUGUGGGACGGCGACACGCCGGCCUUCGCCGAGCCCGCGACGCGCGCCCUGGUGCCCGCCUCCGCGGUGACGGAGGUGGACUGCGACUCCGUGCUCCUCCCAGUGCACUACAUCGACGACCAGUGGGUGGCCUUCACGCCCAACAUUACCAACGUGACCGUCUCGGUGCAGCGGCUCGGAGCGGCCCCGCAGCCUCCUAGCCUCGCGCCCCUGGCGGACUUUUUGGGUCGUGACCCGGAGAUCAUAAAUGACCCCAAUGAUCCUAAGGUCACGAAUGACCUCCUGUCGGCUUUCGGAUACCCCGCCGCCGUCCGCAACGACAGUGCCGCCCUCAACGACAGCACUAUUCUCAACGACAGCGCCAUCCUCAACGACAGCGCCAUCCUCAACGACAGCGCCAUCCUCAUUGACAGAACCUUUCCCAACGACAACACCAUCCUCAUCCUCGACAGCGCUCGCCUGUUCGACUCUUUUCUGUCGUCAGUCGAAACGUUUGGAUCCUACUGCUCAAUCUUUGUCACAGUGUGCAUUCUCGUCCUCGCGCUGCGCAGCACUGUCAAAUGGAUCAUGCGCAGGCGACUCCUGUUCGUUGCCAUUUGGAGAUCGUUCGCAGAGGCCUUCGUGUUCGAGCACGUGUACGUUGUCCAGAACGAGAAGCUCCCGGACUGUGACACUGGAAUGCGCAAAGACACCGUAGCAGGGGAGGCCCUGUCGGACAACCAGUGCGACCGCGGGGACGACUUUGAGGAAUUUGAGCUGGACAAGGUCUCACCCUGCGCCAAUGCGACGAAAUGAAAGGUGACGAAACGAGACUCUCUACACUUGGACUGCACUGCGAGUCCAUCGCUCACUGCGGUAACGACGCGGGGGCGCCACGCAUGCUGCUGCAGCAGCUCAUGAGCAGCGCCGGGCUUACAUUGUAACGAAUCCAUUGUGUUGCGCCGCUUAGCAGCGCGAUAAACCAGCAUUUGUGCCCCCAUAUGAUGCUCUUUACAGCACCUCAAGGUCUUCCCUACACUGCACUCUCAGACCUGUACUGAUUUAUUUAUAAAGGUUUUUAUGCAGCAGGAUGGCUGACUAAUUUGUUACCCAUUCUGUAUUUUACUGACGAAAACAGUUGUCAGUAGCUUAUGAAGGUUUUUAUGCAGCAGAAACACUGACAAGGCGAGAAAAAAAAUCAGUAACAGGAUGGGAGUGUAGAAACGGAAGCGUGUGAAUAUGUCGCACACUUAUAGGUGUGUGUACAACACUCGCACACAUGGAGGCACAAAGUGUGUGGAUUCCGGAAGGAAAACUUCGGAAAAUGCACACCAAUGCCCCCUCACGGGUACGAAUUGGCAUUCGCACACACCUAC